CUAAUCCUAAAACCAGAAACCCUUGAAAACAAACCAAAUACCCUCUAGCAAUCUACAGCAGAGAGCAGACCCCAAAAAAUCUCAUUUUGUCUCUUCUUUUUUCUCUCGCAAAGUGAUGGAAGGGGAGGAAGAUAUUCGCUACUGGGGCAACAUCUCAGAGGAAGACUACCACAAGCAGCAAGGGAUCAUGGGAUCAAAAUCAUUCUACACCUCACCCAGAGGCCUCUCUCUCUUCACAAGAUCAUGGCUUCCCAUAUCCGGCACUCCACGUGGCGUCAUCUUAGGGGUCCACGGGUAUGGCAAUGACAUGAGCUGGACUUUCCAGUCCACACCAAUCUUCCUUGCUCAGAAAGGUUUUGCUUGCUUUGCCCUUGACCUUGAAGGCCAUGGAAGAUCUCAAGGCCUAAGAGGUUAUGUUCCCAAUGUUGAUUUAGUUGUCCAAGACUGUCUUUCUUACUUCAAUCUCAUCAAGCAGGAUCCUAGCUUGGAUGGGUUACCAUGUUUCCUGUAUGGAGAGUCAAUGGGUGGUGCUAUUUGUUUGUUGAUUCAUUUUGCUGAUCCAAAGGGGUUCCGAGGAGCAAUUCUGGUAUCACCCAUGUGCAAAAUUUCAGACAAGGUAAAACCCAGAUGGCCACUUCCUCAAGUCCUCACGUUUAUGGCAAAACUCUUGCCUACUUUGGCAAUUGUACCAACAGAAGAUCUCUUGCACAAAUCAGUCAAAGUGGAAGAAAAGAAGAUUAUAGGGAACAAGAAUCCUUUAAGAUACAGAGGAAAGCCAAGACUGGGGACAGUUGUAGAACUCCUGAGGGUAACUGAGUAUUUGAGUCAAAAACUAUGCGAUGUGAGUAUCCCAUUCCUUGUAGUGCAUGGAAGUGCAGAUGUUGUUACGGAUCCGGCAGUUAGUAGGACUUUGUACGAGGCUGCAUCAAGCCAAGACAAGACAAUAAAGAUUUAUGAAGGAAUGUGGCAUUCUUUGUUGUUCGGUGAACCUGAUGACAACAUUGAGAUUGUUCGUAGUGAUAUUUUAGCUUGGUUGAAUGAUAGAUGUAACACAAAGAUCUGAACAGGUCUGUCAUUUAUGUACCAUGAUCCUUAUGAAUAAGAAGAAAAACAAAUCUCCAGGGAACCAAACUAACAGAAGCUGUGUAUUUACUUGUUUUCUUGUGUUUUUUUUGUCCAUAAGCAAGUCAUUUACUUCCUCUUUAACGUUCAUGGCUCAAGAUAUGCCGCAGACCAAGUCAUUCCAUUGAGGAUCAGCUUCCUCUUCAUACUAGAAAGCAAGACGUCAAAGGGAAACGAAUAAUUCAUACACAAAAUGUAGAAAGCUGCAAUAAACAAUAAUUCGUGCCUUGAAAUUAAUGAAUGGAUACAAGCUACAGCGGAAAUAGUAUACUCAAAUUUACCAAUGAUGCUACAACUUAAUAAUUUCUGUAUCUUUGGAAAAUGAAAAGAAUAACAAAAUAUAUAUAUAUAUAUAUAUAUAUAUUAUAUAAAAGACCUAUCAUUUACAACUAUGACUAAAAGAAUCACCCGUCUCAACUCUAUUAUCUUUACUUUGGUAUAGCUCACUUGCCCUAAAUCCUAUACAAUGUCACAGGUGAUGAAAGGUUCAGAAGUAUCGAUGGCCAGAGCAACAAAAAAAA